CUUUUGCAUUUCCUUCCCCAUACAACCCCAGACCCAAUCAAUACAGUUUUUUGCCAAUUCUUCCACACGCGUCAUUCUUGCCCUUUCCUUCUUCACAUUCCUCAUGAACGCUCCAAUCUCGAUCAUCAGUCUUUUGCCGACGCCCUCCACAUGUUAUUCCUUCCAUUCCCUAUUCCUUCCCCAUACUGCUUCGGUCCCGAUCAUCUCUUUGUUGACGUCCUCCAGCAUUCUCCACAUCUGAUCGCCGACGAUGCCACGACGAUACCAACACUCAUUGCUACUCACUUGUGGGCGCUUGUAUGUACAUUUGAUCUCGACUUUCAAGGGUGUUUACGGAUCAGAGGUUGGGAGACACCAAACCGGAAGGGGAGAGUUUCCUGAUCGAGCAUGCAUCUUGGUUAGCAUAUCUUCUUUUGUCUACUUACCGUUAUCUGAGAAAACAACUGUUCGACAAGUGACAUAUCUCCAUGGCCAUGUGGUGCUUUUGUACCUUUUGCUGUCGUAUAUGUAUUUAGUAUGUCGUAGAAGUGCAUCUUGCAUACUUCUUAUGUUUUCCAGCAUUCGAGGAGAGUGGUCGCUUAUUGUACUGACAUUGAUAAGCAGCAGUUCUCAAGACCCUGCAGGCACGCACGACGAUAUUCAAAAACAAAACAGGGUCCUGCUGUCUGAUUCUGUGUGUCUGUCGCAAGCAAGCGAAAGACACGCAUGUUAUGGCCGUGACAGUCGAUCAUUGGUAGCGGAAUUAUUCGUCAAACUUCCACUGAUUCGACCAAUCGAUGGGAGCAAGAUGAGGCGGCGAAAGCAGUUGUACGGGUACCAGGUUGACCGCUGUACCCCUUCAUUGGUUGACGAUGGGCCGCGACCUGUCGGGAUCGUUUUAUUUUUAUUUGAGUUAUCCGACUGCUGUUAGUGCGGAAUAAUAGAAGCGGGCCCUGGCGGGCCGUAAAUGCAAUCUCAUUGACCGGAUCCGUAGAAUAGCCGUCAAAGUAAUAGUGAGUAAGUUCCUAUUGGUCCCAAUGAU